GAUCAGUAAUUUGUCACCAAUUUUAAUUUCUAAACACUUUUUGUCAAAAUCCCCUCAAUUAUCUCGAUUCACUACACACAAAACAUUACGGUAACAAUGGCGACAGCCAUGGACUGCAGAAACUGGGAAGAAGACAUAUACAGAGAUUCCAUUAUACUCGAGAGAGAAUCUCAAUGUCGAACGGUCUUCCGGACUGCAUUUGCCCCGAACCCGGACCAUAAUUCCUAUCCGGACCUCAUCGUCGCCGCCAUUAGCGACGGCUCCAUUGCGGCUUACUCUAUCUCUUCUUGCCUUGGAUUGAACUCAGCGGGCAAUUCAUUGGUGCCAGUAGCUGAACCUAGUUGGCUGGUACAAGGACAUGAUGGACCUGCUUAUGAUGUUAAAUUUUAUGGUAACCAUGAAGAUUCACUAUUAUUGAGUUGUGGUGAUGAUGGUCGGAUUCGAGGAUGGAAGUGGAAAGAAAUGUUGGGAUCUACGGAAUCAGCACAAGGAGGCGUAUCAAAGCCGGUACUUGACUUGGUAAAUCCUCAGAAGAAAGGUCCAUGGGGGGCGCUUUCUCCAAUACCUGAAAAUAAUUGCGUGGCUGUUAAUACUCAGACCGGAUCCAUAUUUGCUGCUUCUGGUGAUUCUUGUGCAUAUUGCUGGGAUGUGGAGACGAAUGAAAUAAAGAUGGUUCUUAAAGGACAUUCGGACUACUUGCACUGCAUUGUUGCGCGAAAUUCUCACAAUCAGGUCAUAACUGGUUCAGAGGAUGGGACAGCACGGAUAUGGGAUUGCAGAACUGGUAAAUGUAUUCAAAUAAUUGAUCCCCAGAAGGAUAAGAAGUUAAAGGAGUUGUAUCCGUAUGUCAGUUGCAUAGCUCUUGAUGCAAGCGAGAGUUGGCUGGCUUGUGGAAGUGGCCAGUCUUUAUCUGUUUGGAAUCUUCCUGCGUGUGAAUGUGUUUCAGGUAUCACGACAAGUGCUGCUACCCAGGAUGUCUCAUUUGAUGAUAAUCAAGUUUUAUCAGUUGGAGCAGAGCCACUACUUAGUCGCUUUGACCUGAAUGGAGGUAUUAUUUCACAGAUACCAUGUGCUCCUCAGUCAUUGUUUUCCAUUUCUGCACAUCCUUCAGGGGUCACAGCAGUAGCUGGUUACGGAGGAAUAGUGGAUAUUGUAUCACAAUUUGGUAGUCAUUUGAGCACAUUCCAGUGCCGAGGAGUUCAGAAGGGACUGCCAAUGCAGCUAAUUUAACUUGGGGACAUUUUUAGAUGAAUCAGUCAAGACAGGAAACAAUUGCCUGCAAAGAAACUUGUCAGUGAGAUGUUAUGGUUAAGGAAAACCAACUUUUUUUUCUGAAAAAAACUUGGUCACCAUUUACUUGCAGCAAGCUAUAUGAGUUUCACUCUAAAAAAAGAACGAAAUUUUGCCGUGUAUCAUCAGCUUGGGGAGGAAUUACAACUAACAAAUACUAUUAGUUAUUGUUAUUGAAGUGAGGUGUACAUAUGAAUAUCUGAUGAAAGUACUACUGUGAAGUAACUAUUGUCAGCAAAAAUGAAACAUUACAUUCUUAAGUCCAAAAUAAGUGUGGAUUAAGGUUUUUAGGACACCCAUUAAGAUGAGAAAAAUCAUAUAUCUCAUAAACUGUGAUUUAUCUUCCAGUUUCGUAAAGCAACACUUUGGUCCAAAGUGGUGAAAAAAACUGGAUGACCAUUUAUUUCUUCAUAUUACUGUAAGAACAUAUAACUAACAUUAGAAGAGGUUA